AGCCUCGCUGCUCAGCAGCAGCAGCUGGUGCAGCCGAAGAGGCUACUUUGUUACAGCGAAGCAACCGGGGAGAAAACGGCACCGCAGAUUUCCUCGGAAAAAAAGUGUGGAUAGUUUCGGGGAAACUGAACGUCUGUCGGUGGAAUUUGGCGGUGGCAGCUGUUUGAUGGUCUUGUCGGCGGAUGUGAAGUUUGUGUUUUCGGCGUCUAAAGAGGUCUCUCUCAAAGUUGAGCCGAAGAGGAGUUCUAUCAUUCAGGAUGUCGGACUGAGACAAAGGGGUCUGGGGGGCAUUCCCGUCGGAGCGGUAAAACUUGAUUGUAGGAGCCUCUUCUGAAUGGGAAAGAUGGAGAGGGAGUUGCAGUGGUGGAAAGGACAGCUAGCUUCAGAUAUCCAUCAAUCCUUGCGAAUAAAGGAGCUGAAGCUACCGGUCUACCGGGCCCACUCUCCACAGAUUGGCAUGCGGCGGUACUUUGCAGACUUGUUGGCCAUCCUGAGUAAUCGUUACCAGCUAUGUCCUACUGCACGCCAUCUAGCCGUCUACCUGCUGGACCUUUUCAUGGACCACUAUGAUGUGGCUGUUAAACAGCUUUAUGUCAUUGCACUCUCCUGUUUGCUGCUAGCUAGUAAAUUUGAAGAGAAGGAGGACCGGGUUCCCAAACUGGAGCAACUGAACUCCCUUGGCUUUAUGUGCAGCCUGAACCUUGUUCUAAACAAGAGGGAACUGAUCAAAAUGGAGCUUCUGCUGCUGGAGACUUUUGGCUGGAAUCUGUGCAUGCCCACACCCGCCCACUUUAUUGACUACUACCUUCAUGCCGCAGUGCAGGAGGGUGACCUUUACAAUGGCUGGCCCCUGUCCUCUCUGUCCAAGACCAAGGCUUUCAUGGAGAAAUACACUCACUACUUCCUGGAAGUAUCACUGCAGGACCAUGCCUUCCUGAGUUUCAGACCAUCCCAGGUUGCAGCUGCAUGUGUGGCAGCGUCUCGUAUCUGCCUUCAGAUUUCCCCAAGCUGGACAACCGCUCUACAUCUGCUAACUGGCUACACCUGGGACCACCUCACCCAGUGCAUUGAACUCAUGCUGCUAGCUCAUGACAACGAUGUGAAGGAGGCCAAUAAAACCAAAUCCACCCCUCCUCACCGGCCGUCCUCUCUGCAGUCCCAGCCCCAGACUUCUCACCUCUCUCCAGUGUCAGCCAUCCAGAGACCAGCCUCUUCCACCUCUUCCACACCACAGUUGAUCUUUCAGCCAGACGGCUACCAACACCUUUCCCAGCAUUCCCCAUCCCUAUCCCAGCUGCAAGUAUUGGCUGACUCCCAGGCUUUGGGCCCUGUGGUGAGUAUGUCUCAGGACUUCCUUCAGAGCCACAGGAUAGGUCUACUAGCAGGGGCUCCCUCCAUUACUCCUGGAGGAGCCUUCUCUUCCUACUCAAACCUAGCCUCGAGUCUUCAUCCAGGGGCUCGCGGGUUGCCUCUCCAAGGCCCAAUCUCUGUGCAGAUGACCCUUGCUGGAGAACCACGACAUUGUCUGAGCAUGGCCUACAGUGGGGGCUACCUGGGGGCACAUCACACAUUCACAGCUGGCUGCUUUGAUAGGUGACGCCAGGAGACGGAGAGGGAACACAAACCCCUACGGGAGUCCACUGCAAUGCUUUCGUCCCAACUCCCCACCCCAAAAUAUCCACUUACAGACCUCCUCUCUCUCUCCGUCGGCACUGCAACACCUUCAGUUUGUCCAGCUCCCCCGUCCCUCUCACAGAGACGCCUCAAACGCAAGCAGAGGUCCAAAGGCAAGACAGACCCGGUGGAAGUCAUCACACUGACGUGACACAUGCUCCACUGCCUCAUGAAAUACUGAGGCACUGCAGAGAUGUUACAGAGAUGCUAUUUUCUGAACUGGAUUUAUAAAUGUGUCUUAUUAUGAGACUGUCAUCACUGUGAAUGAGAUGAAAGCAGCAGUGUGAUCUAACACCCACCUCAUUCAGUGCCUCUUCUCAGUUGUGUGUCAUAGCUGAGCCAAUUUUAGAAGUGCACAGAACAUGGAAACAAAGUAUCUGUGAUAAGCAUGUUUUGCUGCUUGACAUUUUUUUUAAAUCCCCCAAAAAUGUAUACAUUGGUUGGGAAAUUUGGCCAGUAAUGUAUUUUUUUCUUUUAGCUUUCACUUAAAGAUUGAAGAGAAAAUAGGCGUUUGUUGACUUGCAGGGCACAAAAGACUGCGUAUAUCAUUGGAAUUUUUUGUUGUGUCUCUUGAAGUUCGGCAAAUAUUUGAUGUCAUGAGCUGAAGGGCUCCUCUGGGAAUUCCUUGCAACACAAGACCUUAGGAGACCAAGAAUCCAUUGUUUUGUGCACAGCAGGUGAGGUCCACAGCUCAAAAGGGCCGACAUUUCUCAGAUCUCUUCUUCUCUCUUAUCAUAUUUCUCUUCCAUUUCCAAAGUUGAGUCUUGUGGGAGAGUCUUCACUCAUGCAGGUGAAAAUUUGGCUCUCGUAGAAGAACAGACUUUACAUACUAAAGUUUUAAUUUCUCCAGCACCACUCAAAGAGGUAAACACAUACAGAUGUGACUGGACCAGCAUGGUGAAGGAGAUGUGGACAUUGGUUGUGUGUUGUACAUAUGAAUUGCUGCUGCCUUCUUAAAAACUGUUUGUUCUGUGUCUAUGUUAAUGACUCCAAUGUUUACAUGAACCACUUUCAGGGACUUUAUCAAGAUUACUUGAAUAUGAUGCCAUUGAAACAUGCCAUAGCUUUUAUUUAUGAUGACUUUUUGUUCUUGUUUUUAUGUUGUAAUUCAUUUUAUUUGAUAUAGCGUAGCUUAUGUCAACCUAGAAAUCCACUAUCAAUUAAGUGUAGUUUUUUUUUUUUUUACCUUUUCAAACUCCAGGCUCAGGUUUUAAGGCUGAAGCUAACAGCCUUCCACUCAUUAUUCUGUGCUAUUGUGCUUUAAAGUGAAUGCUAACGUAGCAUCUGUGGGGGCUGUUAAAAUUUUCCUCUUCAUCACUGGACCCUACUUUAUGUGCAUCUCGAUAAUUGAAUACAUGAAACUUCUUUUGAUAUGUAGUGGAACAAACCUACAGUCAUUGGCUUCACAAAUAAACAUCUGCAGCCAUUCAUCUGUAAUUGCUUCCAAGAUUUCUAAAGCUGCCAUCCCCAAUUUUUAACUUCCUGUUAAAGUAUAAACACAUGCCGAUUCUCUGUGGUGAUUGCAAGGGUUGCCUACAGGUCAUUAUCAGGUCGUACUUUAAAUGUGUAGAACCCAAGUUUUUUUUGGGCGUUGUAAGCAACAUUGUGGCUAAAUUAAGGCAGUCAUUAUUGAUUAAUUGCUUGGUUAUUACCUAUUUCUGAGAUUUCAACUUGAUAAACUUUACCUUUCAUCCUUCAGUCUUUGGAAAGUGCAAAUGGUUAGUUUGCUGUCACAGAUGGCAAAUAAAUAAAACUUUAGUGCAUAUCAAUUUGUUUAAGAGGGAAUUAAAAACUUUGUAAUGUGCGUUCAGGUUCUUAAAAUUGCCUGUAGUUUAAAUGUGGUUUUAAAGGAUAAGUUGUUCUAUUGUGGACACUGGACAUCCUGUCAUGUUCAUGCCUUGCCCACAGCAGUUGUCAGGCUUUACAUGGAGACCACAAGAUAGAUGUUUAGAGACAAUGUGAAGCCUUCUGAAACUGCAACACUCACAUUAUUAUAUCUACAAAUUGCCAAACUGAUAACAGCCAGAGAUGUUUUGUUUUUCACUACUGAGGACAUGCAUAUGCUCUCCAGUGAAAUUAUUAUACUAUUCCUUUUGUUUUUCUAAUUGUGUACCAUUUUACAUUUUUUUUUGUAUAUUCUACAUUCCUAUUGUUCUCAUUAUAUUUUAGUUUGAUAUUUUUCCAUGAUGGAUGCUGUUGGUGUGAACUAGAUUUUAUCUAAUUUUUUAAGAGUUUGCUCUUUUCCUCACAAUUCUUGGGCAACUUUUCAUAGAGGUGUCAAGGUGCAAUAAGUUGUUUUUAUGUUUAAACUGACCACAGCCAUCACUGUCUUGUGUGUACCACUGGUUUAUCUUUUGUAACUUAUUAUUUUUAUUAUUAUAGUGUGAUAUGACUUGAUCUCCUUUAGAGGGCAGUGUGCUCUGGACACAAUGAGUAUGUUGCAUAUUGCAGCCACACACUUUGAGUAAUAGCUAUAACUGAAUGCUUUUGUCUUCUAGCUAGUUUUACUGUUCAUUUCUUGACCAUGAAAGGUGCUGAUGCCUCUCGCACCAAACAAUGGCUGUUCUAUGUGAUAGUGAUAAAAUGACACCACAAACUUCUAAUUUUAUUUUUUUAUUCUUUUGUAACAACCUGUAGUCUUGGUUUAUGUCACACUGAAUGAUAGUGUCUUAUAAAUUGCGCUGAAAAAAAUAAACACUCAAGUGAG